AUGGUUAGUGGACGGAAGAAUGAAAUGCCACGAAACAGUAAGAGUGAUGGUAGUAAUAAAAAUAUAAAUUAUGGUGAUAAAGAUAAAUUACUUAAUAUAAGUCAAAAUGAAAUAAAAUAUGUUAAAGAAAUUGACCCUGAUAUGAGUGAUAUAGAAACUGACAGUUAUGAUGAUAGUAAUAAGAAAGGACGUCUUUCUUUUAAUGAUGAAUAUUAUAAAAAAAAACAAAAUGACAAUAUAAAUAUUAGUAAGUUUAGAAAUGAAAUUAUUCAGAAUGAUUUAAUAAAUAAUAAAGAUACUAUUAAUGAUAUAAAUUUAGGAUUAAUAAAAGAUAAAUCUAUCAAGAGAAGAGAAAAUGAAUUUCAAAGAAAAAAAUAUGAUUAUAAAUUAUCACCUCAAAGAGCAGAUCCUUUUGCUGAUAAAAGUCCUUCACCAGGUGAAAGGACAUAUACAGAUAUUAUGUUAGAGAAUAAAAAAAAAAGUAAAAUCAAAGAAACAUCUUUAAAUUCAUCACAUUUAAUUAAAGAAGGAGAUGAUACUAAUAAGACUAAAGAUAACAUUACAAAAAAAUAUAGUCAUAGAAGUAAUUCAAAUGAUGAUAAUAAUUAUUAUUCAAAUAAUGAUGAUGAUAGUAGUAGUAAUUAUAGUGAUACUAACAAAUUAAAAGACAUGAAAAAUGAAAAAAAAAAUAAAACAACAAAUAAUUUAAAAUCCAAAUGGGAUGUUAUUAAACAUGAAAAGAAUAAUAUAAAUUUUGAUUAUAUAUCUACAUCUGGACUAGAAAAAGGGACAGAUGAUUCUUCACGUGUUCUAAAUAAUAAUAAAAAGAAAAAAUUUUCAAGAUGGGAUAAAAUUAAUAAAGAACAAGAAGAUAUGAAAAGAGUUAAACUGAAUAAGGAAAAUAAUGAUAAUAUGAAUAUGCCAUAUAUAGCUAAUAAUAUGAAUACACCAUAUAUAGCUAAUAAUAUGAAUACACCAUAUAUAGCUAAUAAUAUAAAUACACCAUACAUAUCCAAUAAUAUGAAUACACCAUACAUAUCCAAUAAUAUUAAUACACCUUUCACACCCAUGGCUGAUGCUUUACUUCGAAUGAAAAUAAAAAACGAAAUAGACAUAAGGAACAGACCUUUGACAGAUGAAGAUUUAAACGAAUUAUUACCUUCAGAAGGUUAUGAAAUUGUAGAAGCUCCUGAAGAAUAUCAAGCUAUUCGUAAUAAUAAAUUAAAGACCAUGUUUAAAAAUACAAUUAUUAAUACUCCACUUUUUCCAAAUAAACCAAAGGGUAUAGAAGAAACACCUUACAACACAAACAGUAAUAUUAAUAAUAAUAAUAAUAAUAAUAUUAAUAAUAUUAAUAGUGAUGAUAAUAUAAAUUUAAUGCAAAGCACAUUUAUACAUACACCCUUCUAUGAACUGCCCAAUACUUCUUAUAAUAAUCUGAAUGAACAGAUUAAUCAAGACGAAGCAAUGUGUCAAUUAAAAUAUAAACAACUAGAAAUGAACAACCCCCAAUUAUUAAAUGAACUUAAAUAUAUACAAUUAAAAAAUGAAGAUUAUAUAUAUUUUAGUAAACUGUUUGAAACUGUUAAUGAAGAAGAAUUAUCACAAGAAGAAUUAAAAGAAAGGAAAUUUAUGAUAUUAUUAUUAAAAAUAAAAAACGGUACACCAUCUAUAAGAAGAACAGCCUUAAGAACAAUAACUGAAAAAGUUAAAGAAUUAGGUCCGGAAAUUUUAUUUAAUUUAAUAUUACCAUUGAUGAUGCAGAAUACAUUAGAAGAUCAAGAAAGACAUUUAUUAGUAAAAGUAAUUGAUCGAAUAUUAUUUAAAUUAGAUGAUUUAGUUAGACCAUAUGUACAUAAAAUACUUGUAGUUAUAGAACCUUUAUUGAUAGAUGAAGAUUAUUAUGCAAGAGUUGAAGGUAGAGAAAUUAUAAGUAAUUUAGCUAAAGCAGCUGGGUUAGCUACUAUGAUAGGAAUUAUGAGACCAGAUAUAGAUCAUCCUGAUGAAUAUGUUAGAAAUACAACUGCACGAGCAUUUGCAGUUGUUGCAUCUGCAUUAGGAAUUCCAUCUUUAAUAUUAUUUUUAAAAGCUGUUUGUCAAUCAAAAAAAAAUUGGGAAGCUAGACAUACAGGUAUAAAAAUAGUACAACAGAUAGCUAUAUUAAUGGGAUGUGCUGUAUUACCACAUUUAAAAGAUCUAGUUCAAAUAAUAGCACAUGGAUUACAUGAUGAACAACAAAAAGUGAGAACUAUAACAGCAUUAGCUGUAGCAGCAUUAGCAGAAGCAGCAGCUCCAUAUGGAAUUGAAGCAUUUGAUUCUGUAUUAAGACCAUUAUGGAAAGGUAUUACAGAAUAUAGAGGUAAAGUGUUAGCAUCAUUUUUAAAAGCCAUUGGUUUGAUUAUACCCUUAAUGGAUUCAUAUCAUGCAAAUUAUUAUACUAAAGAAGUUAUGGUUAUAUUAAUAAAUGAAUUUAAUUCACCUGAUGAUGAAAUGAAAAAAAUUGUAUUAAAGUGUGUAAAGCAGUGUAUACAAACAGAAGGAGUAGAUAAAGAAUAUAUAAAUCAAGAAAUUGUUAAUCCAUUCUUUGAAAAAUUUUGGAAUAUGAGAAAUUCAAAUGAUAAAAAAAGUUUUAUAUUAAUUGUAGAUACAACAGUAGAAAUAUCAAAAAAAAUAGGAGCAAGCUCUGUUAUUUCAAAAAUUGUUGAUGAUUUAAAAGAUCCAUCAGAACAAUAUAGAAAGAUGGUUCUACAAACUAUACAAAAUAUUAUUAAUGAAUUAGGUGUUGAUGAUAUUGAUCAAAAAUUAGAAGAACAAUUAAUAGAUGGUAUGUUAUAUGCUUUUCAAGAACAAACUUCUGAAGAUUAUUUUAUUUUAUUAAAUUCAUUUGAUAUUAUUUGUAAUAAAUUAAAUAUUAGAAUGAAACCUUAUCUACCACAAAUAGCUGGAAUUCUUAGAUGGAGAUUAAAUACACCACUACCAAAAGUAAGACAACAAAGUGCUGAUCUCAUAUCAAGAAUUUCUAAACUUAUAAAAAUAUGUGAUGAAAAACAAAUGUUAGGACAUCUAUCUUUAUAUCUAUAUGAAUAUCUAGGUGAAGAAUAUCCAGAAGUAUUAGCUAAUAUUAUUAGAGCUCUAAAAUCUAUCUUAGUAGUAUUAGGUGUCCAAAAUAUGACACCACCUAUUAAAGAUCUAUUACCAAGAAUUACACCUAUCUUAAAAAAUAGACAUGAAAAAGUACAAGAAAAUGUUAUAGACUUAAUAGGUAUCAUAGCAGACAAAGCAGGUGAUCUAGUCUCUCCAAAAGAAUGGGAUAGAAUUUGUUUUGAUUUAAUAGAAUUAUUAAAAUCUAAUAAAAAAUUAAUUAGAAGAGCUACUAUACAAACCUUUGGUUAUAUUGCACGUACUAUUGGUCCAUUCGAAGUUCUUACUGUUUUAUUAAAUAAUUUAAAAGUUCAAGAAAGACAAUUAAGAGUCUGUACUACUGUCGCUAUUGCAAUUGUUGCUGAUACUUGUUUACCAUAUUCAGUACUUGCAGCUUUAAUGAAUGAAUAUAAAACACAAGAUAUGAAUGUCCAAAAUGGAGUACUUAAAGCUUUAUCAUUUAUGUUUGAAUAUAUAGGUGAAAUUGCCAAAGAUUAUGUUUAUUCAGUUGUCACAUUAUUAGAACAUGCAUUAAUGGAUAGAGAUCUUGUUCAUAGACAAAUAGCAACAUGGGCAUGUAAACAUUUAGCAUUAGGAUGUUUUGGUUUGAAUCGUCAAGAUGCAUUAAUACAUUUAUUAAAUUAUGUAUGGCCAAACAUUUUUGAAACAUCUCCACAUCUAAUACAAGCUGUAAUAGAUUCUAUUGAUGGAUUCAGAGUUGCUCUAGGACCAGCUAUUAUUUUUCAGUAUCUAGUUCAAGGAAUAUUCCAUCCAUCUAGAAAAGUUAGAGAAAUAUACUGGAAAAUUUAUAAUAAUGUUUACAUAGGUCAUCAGGAUAGUUUGGUUCCUAUAUACCCACCCUUUGAAUUAUUGAACGAUAGUAGCUUUGCAAGGGAUGAGUUAAGAUAUACUAUAUGA